UCAGCCAGGUGCAGCGCUAGGCGAGGCAGCUCCGGAAAAGCCACGGGAGGGUGGGGGAGCCACGGCCAGAGACGCGAGAGGGGACCGGGGACGCAAAGAAGGCGCAGGUGGAGCAGGGGAGAAGGAGGAGCCUGCUGCCCUCGCCAGAAAAUUACCUGGCUACCUUAAUCCCGGAGACUCCGGUGAAUGGGGGACUGAGCCCAGCCUCUGGUGCCCGCAGUCGCUGGCUGACCGCCCUGCUUCCUCCCGCCCCCGCCCGUCUGCCCCUCAUUCGCCCCCCGGGGCUGCCUGGGUGCCGGGACUGGCUGGCAUGAUCAGCUGAACUUUGUGUCCGGGGUCAGCUCUCGUCUCCGGCUUCCCUUCAGCGGCGCCUAGGCGUGGGGCGCAGCGCCCCGGGCCAGGACGGACGGACAGACAGACGGCCAGACUCGGCCUCAGAGCCCCUGCACUACCCACCCCGCCCGCCUAAGCCGCCGGGACCAUGUCCAAACCUUCAGACCACAUCAAGCGGCCCAUGAACGCUUUCAUGGUCUGGUCCCGGGGCCAGCGGCGCAAGAUGGCCCAGGAGAACCCCAAGAUGCACAACUCGGAGAUCAGCAAACGCCUGGGCGCCGAAUGGAAGCUUCUAUCCGAGGCAGAAAAACGGCCGUACAUCGACGAAGCCAAGCGACUCCGCGCGCAGCACAUGAAGGAGCACCCCGACUACAAGUACCGACCGCGACGCAAACCCAAGAACCUGCUCAAGAAGGACAGGUAUGUCUUCCCCCUGCCCUACCUGGGCGACACGGACCCGCUCAAGGCGGCCGGCCUGCCCGUGGGGGCCUCCGACGGCCUCCUGAGUGCGCCCGAGAAAGCACGGGCCUUCUUGCCGCCGGCCUCGGCGCCCUACUCCCUGCUGGACCCCGCGCAGUUUAGCUCGAGCGCCAUCCAGAAGAUGGGCGAAGUGCCGCACACCUUGGCCACCGGCGCGCUGCCCUACGCGUCCACCCUGGGCUACCAGAACGGCGCCUUCGGCGGCCUCAGCUGCCCCAGCCAGCACACGCACACGCACCCGUCCCCCACCAACCCUGGCUACGUGGUGCCCUGUAACUGUACCGCCUGGUCGGCCUCCACCCUGCAGCCCCCUGUCGCCUACAUCCUCUUCCCAGGCAUGACCAAGACUGGCAUAGACCCUUACUCGUCAGCCCACGCCACAGCCAUGUAACACCCCAGCCAGGCGGGGGGCCCUCCUCCCGGACCAGAAGGGUGGCCUGGAA